GAGAAAAUUCCAAAUUUCUAAAAGUUUUAAUUGCUAGGCUUAAUGCAUGAUUGAAUUCCAAUUCAGUGGUCUUUACUGUUGUGUACGAAUUAUCAACCCAUUAGAAGCACUUUGUGAUCAGUGCUAGGGAGAGAAGAAAUUGUCAACCCCAUUUUUUACUUCUCCAAUAUAUUAACGUUACGCUUCAUCUUAUCUUCUAUCUAGAAAUUUUGAUUUGCUAACUUUUCUGAUCACCAUUUGCAUGAGUUCAGAUUUUUGUAAAAGUCUGAUGAAGCAAUAGAGAAAAACAUGGGAUUCUAUCUUAAUCUCAAAUUCAAGGCCUUUCGGUUGAAACGGUUUCUGCUUGGACAUGGACGCAGAAAAAGAAAGCAGAAGAUGGCAAAGAAGCCCUCGUGGAUGAUGCCAAUGACAUAUGGUUAUCAUGUGGUGGAACAUAAUAUGAGCAGAGAUGAUUCUGAUAACUCAGACUUUGAUUCAGUUGUGGCACAGAGAGAGGAAAUGAAUCAAACAGAGUUGUGGUAUUUUGGAAUCUUUGAUGCACUGAUUGGAGACAGGGUUAGCAAGUACAUGCAGUCUCAUUUCUUUGACAAGAAGCUUCAAGAGACUCGUUUAAGCAGUAAAAGUAAGGAAGCUCUGAAGAGAGCUUACCAUGGCGUAAGAGCAAAGAUUAGAGAGGAACACAAAUUAGAGGAGACGUGCAGAAUGGGUUCGGCAUCUGUUAUACUGAUAAAUGGAGAAAAACUUGUAAUAGCCAACAUGGGGGAUUACAGAACUGUUGUGUGCAGAGAUGGAAUAGCUCAUCAGACAACUGGCACAUACCGACGAUUAGAAAAAAUGCACUGGUCUCGCCGACUCUUUGCAGGAUGCAUGCUGGGACGUCAAUCAGGAAAUGCAGCAGGUGCAAAACAUUCUAGAGGCUCCGACUUUGUGGUUAGAAGUGAAGUGCUUGAUUCUGGUACUGAAUUUUUGAUAUUAGCAAGCAAUGGCAUAUGGGAGGUGAUGAAAAACCAAGAGGCUGUGAAUCUGAUCAGUCACAUAGAGGAUCCACAAGAAGCAGCUGAAUGCUUGGCAAAAGAAGCUUUAAUUAGGAUGACCAAAAGCAACAUCUCAUGCUUAAUCAUUCGUUUUGACUGAUACCUUAUCAUGCAGUCCUAAAGGCAGAUAAAGAUUUUUCCUUAAAGCAUGCGGCAAAAGUAUUGGUCCAGCUUCAUCAUGUUACUUCUCUUCUAUAACAGAAAAUAGUUCUCAUUGAUACAAGAUCAAAACCUUUCCUCGCCCACUCCAUUGCUUAGCUUUAUACAAGAGUUUGUAUACAAUUAAAUUAAGAUUAACGGAUAAAAAUUCCUUUUCUAAGUAAAAACACUUCUUUUCUUGUAUAUUUUUGAACGACCUUUUGAAUGUCUAGAUCUAGAAUAGAACCAAAGAUACCUAUGGUAAGCAUUCAAUGAUUGUGUGAAUACAUUUGUUUAAGAAGCAGAAAAAUUCA